AUGCCCACUGCCGGUGCCGGACCCGUUCUCGCCGCGGCCACUGCCUCGGUCGUUGGUACUCCCAACUUGGCCCUGCAUGCCAAAACCAAUGCCGAUGCCCCCACCCUUCCGGCCGGCUUCCCCGCCCAUCUGCCGGAUAAGCUAUCAUGGACCGGUUCCGACUUCAACAAGACGUCUAACCACAUCCUGAACUUGAGUGGUACCCACCAUGCCGAGAUUAGUGCCGCUCUUGAGAGCUACAAAUGCAAUGUCCGGCCAGCCCUCGGUCAAGAUGGAGACCUCGUGGAGCCUGCCAACUUCCCGCUCCCAACGCUCGGCCCAAAGCUCAAGGAGCUCAGCGGCGACGUCCACAAUGGCAGGGGUUUCUGUGUCAUCCGAGGCAUCAACCCUGCUUCUUACACCGUCGAGGACUUGACUCUGGUCUAUCUUGGCGUUCAGUCGUAUAUUGCCGAAGAGCGUGGCCGCCAGGAUAAGUGUGGAAACAUGCUCGUCCAUAUUGUUGCGGAUAAUAGCACCAAGCAGGCGGCCGAGCAUCAUCGGCACUCGACCAAAGCAAUUACGUUCCACAACGAGGAAGCCGGCGAUGUCGUUAGCUGGUUGACUCGCAGCACCGCUGCAGCGGGCGGCAAGUGCAUCAUUGCCUCGGCCUACACGGUUUACAACGUUCUGGCAGCCACUCGGCCCGAUGUGAUCCGUACCUUGUCCCGGUCCGAUUGGCCUUUUGCCAUGCCGCGCUUCCAGUGCCGUCCGGUUAUCUUCUACCAGGACUCGAAGCUCAUCAUGAACUUUGGUCGCGCCGCCCUCCUGGGCAGCGAGGCUCAUCCCCGGCCUCAGCACCUGCCCUCUCUCACAGCGCGCCAGAUCGAAGCUUUGGACGCUAUCGAGACCAUUGCGCAGGCCACUCAGCUAGAGAUCCAGACGCAGGCUGGGGACAUGCAUUUCGUCAACAACCUCGCCAUCCUUCACCGCCGCGAAGGCUUUGCUAAUGGGCAGGCUCGCACUGAAAAACGCCAUCUGGUGCGCAUGCGGCUUCGCAGCGCCGAGCAAGGGUGGUCGAUCCCCCGCGAGCUCGAGGCGGAAUGGGACGAUGCGUUCAAGAAGCAUGGCGUCAAGCAUUGGCACGUGGAACCGAUGCCUUUCUACUUUUUCCCUAUGCGUCUGUAUCCCAACUAGCCCAAGAAAGCGCUCCCCCCUUCGUGGUUGUACUUUGUUUUCGCCCUUUUCUCGUCGCAUUCUAGGUGUUCUCAAACUAAAGCUGGACAUGGGACGGGGGGCUAAAAAGACACGGGGGCGUUUGGGUUGGCAUUUGAUAUCAUUUCAGUUUUUUUAUACUUAGUUUCCUGCGACGAUAAUGACUGACGGGAGGUAGUGGUAGCAUGGAAGGUGGACACACAGACUG